CAGCUAGUAGUGCAUGAAACAGACAGUAAAAAAUUACAAGCAAAAACUUCAUAAACUUUCUCAAACUAUGGACAGGCGGUUUAUAAAUUUACUUUUCUUCGCCUUUGCUGCAGAUGUGGCUUUCCCGGUGACUUUUGCAGCCACCAACCAUACUAAAGGAUCACCGGGAAACAUCACCGAUGCAGUCUUCGACACGUCUCCUCUGAAAAAGCAAGAGUGUAAUGCUCGGCCGCGAGGAGCCUGCAAGCCGGUUUCCCCGGUUAUGACCGAUUGUGCAUUUCUCCAAAAGGGCAGUUUCGAUUAUGAUAUGGGACGCCAGCAGACUCACGUCACUUUAAAGUGUGAUUAUUGGUUAAGGAAGGAUGUUACCAAAGACAUCUUCAAAGUCCAGACAACAGCGAUUAGCAGAGCAAAUCAAAACCGCGCUGUCUACGUGGAGAUCAUGAACGAUACGUUCUUGGAACCGGAGGUCAUCCUACCAAUUCAGCAGCAGAUAGUCGUGCUGAAAGUCUUCGACUCUAGUGACAGUAAUGCAACGUCCCGUGUCGGGCUGCUGAGACUGACUAAUUUGUUAGAAAUUACAUUCGACCACUGCAAGCCUCUUAUUGUACGUCAGCGAGACUUUUUACCGAUGCCAAACAUUCGGAUCAUCUUAUUCUACGGCACAGUCCUUAGAUCCGUCGAGCCGGGAUCGUUUACGGAUCUGCCUCGAUUACAAAUAUUUGGUGUGGCUAAUACUGACUAUAUGGAACUCCCGCGGGAUGAGGACGACAAAUCCGUUUUGCUGGCGGAUGUCAGCAGAUUCUAUUGUGACCCCGCCAGCAAGUGGCUGUGGGACUGGUUAGAAGCACAUCCACAACUCAGCGGCAAUCGAGAGCCGGGUAGCGUAUACAAGAUUGGCAGUCUGCAAAAUGCGGAAAUCACCUUUCAGCAUGGAGGCAUUGCGGUGGCAGGAGAUUACUAUAACAACGAGAAGGGUUUUGAUUGCAUGAACGGAACUAUAGUUAUACUGGACCCAGAGCGAUGUCGGGCGAGUAUUUUCGCACUCGAACUGUGUGAAAUGGAAAGGUUUAAUGCUGAGAUAUAA